UCGCAGCAACGCGAGCGAGCCUAUAGCCGUUCCAUAUUCGAAAUUCGCACGGCGCGCGUUCGAAUUUCGAAACUUUAUUCUAUCGUCGCAAUGUUAAAUGAUAAUUUGAAAUGGCAAUUUGUUACUGGCCAGUGUAAUUAAUUCAAUUAAUUGUGGUCGGAUAUGAGUUUGAGAGACUUUGUGAUGUGGGCGCACAUGUAUUUUAUAGUGUUGGGAAUUUCAGUGUUGUUCCGAUGUACGGAUUCCGUUGAUUUGCCCCGGUUUGUGGGUCCGGGCUCGAACGUUACCGUUGCCUUAGGCAGGGAUGCGGCGAUCACAUGUCGAGUCGACAAUUUACAGACUUUUAAGGUGGCGUGGCUUCGAGUCGACACUCAGACAAUCCUGACAAUAGCGGGCCACGUUAUCACGAAGAAUCAUCGCAUCAGCGUGAGCCACGGCGACGGCGCGUGGACCCUGGGCCUGAGGGAUGUGGGACCAUCAGACGGUGGACGGUACAUGUGCCAGGUCAACACUGAGCCGAUGAUGAGCCAAACGCACCAGCUGCAGGUUGUCGUACCACCAGAUAUUGACGAUGAGGUGAGCAGUAGUGAAGUAUUAGUGAAAGAAGGUGAAAAUGCUGCACUCAGAUGUGUUGCAUCUGGAACUCCACCACCAAACAUAGCUUGGAGAAGAGAGGACUCCAGGCACUUCAAGAUUGAUAACCGGACUUUAGUGUCUAAAUGGACUGGUCCAUGGUUGAAUCUAACUGCUGUAGAGAGAACAUCCUCAGGUGCAUAUUUGUGUAUAGCAACGAAUGGUGUACCACCAUCAGUCAGCAAGAGGAUUCAGAUCAAUGUAAUGUUCGCCCCAUCAGUGUGGACUGGACGGGUUGCUAUCCGCGCCCCGGUCGGCGGCGCUGUAUCGCUCCAGUGCACCGCUGAAGCAUAUCCUGUACCACAAGUCCACUGGACGUUAAAUGGUGAACGUAGACUUGUUAAUGAAACGAAGCACCGAAUCAGUAUGUCAAGUCGAGGGUACCGGCACACAGUGACUCUGUUAGUGUCAGACAUGUCACGGGAGGAUGCGGGAGCUUACAGGUGUCAGGUGGAGAAUUCCCUCGGGAGAGCGCAGGCGGAGUUGUUUUUACACAUGCUGACCACCACUACCACGACCACAACAACAACUACAACAACGACGACGACCACUACAACAACAACACCACCGCCGACGACCACACAUGCAUACGAUCCUGAAAGGCACUUGGAACAAUUACACCGGGGGGUGCUGCAGGAUCCGGGCAUGGAUAAUCCAUAUAUUGUGCUGAGUCAACACCAAAUGCAGAAUCUUGAGAUGGUAACAACAAUGUGACCUGAGGCAGGGCGCGGUCUGGCUCCUUGGAACGAAGGUUGGCCGCCCCACGACUCCGCCCCACGAUGUGCCAACAACAUGUGGACCUUAGUGCUAGUAUCAAUUGUGCUUAUGGCGUGACCAGUUGACUGGCAUACCAAUAGUGACGUUUCAACGAAAUAGAUACAAGUGCAAAAUAUGGUUGUUGAUUAUGAAAUGUUUUGAUUAUAUUUAUUAUUAAAAUAUAUUUAUUUGUUGUGAAUUGCUUGUGUGAUUUGAUUUAAAAUGCAAGUUUUCACUUGAAUGUUUAUAUUUUGUAAUUGAAUUUGUAAGAAUCAAAGGUACUAGAUAAAUUGCAAUCGACUUUAAUAUAAUUAGAAUUUUGAUAGGAAUAUUUACUAGACGUUAUUCAAAACUCAGGUAUUAUCAUCAAUGUUGACAUCACACAUUGAUUAUGCAAUCUUCACAUAGACUACCAAAAAAAUUUAAUGUAUUUGCUACUAAAAUAGAGUUUUGUAAAAAAAAAAAAAAAACUAUGCUCGUGCUAUAUGUUGCCACGAAAUAACAGAUUUAGAAUAAUUUAUAAAGUGACCAGAAUGUAAAAUUCAUUUUAUAUAAAAUACUUCGAUACUUUAUAUUUACUGUGUGGUCCCGGCAUAGAAUAAGCUACCCUUUCCCGUGAGUAUCGUUAUAGCCGACUAAAGGAAGGCGAGCACCCUUAGGCACACCUAAAGGCAGCGUCACACUUAAAAGAUCUCUAAAGUCUAACUACGGUUACCAAUUCACUUGCUGCAAUGUUAACCUCCCCCCUCGCCCUCCAAGAUGAUGGCUUAUGUUCAGCAGCGGUCAUGUAAAGGCUUAUAUAAUGUUACUUAAUUAUUUCUGAACUUAUACCACUAAAUACUAGUGACUUAAGUAAAUAUAAUAUUGUUUUCAGAUAAUAACUGUAAUGAGUUCCAGUUAUUUUUCAAAAAUAGAACAUUAUCAUGAAAACAGAUCAAUUUCAUUAUAUAUUUUGACGAGUAUUUCAUUUCUCUGAAUUGCAAGUCGCGCCGCCUGACAGCCGUAAGGAGCUUGGUAGACCUCAUUGUUAAAUAUCCUUUGUAUACGAAGUAAAAUCUCCGAGCAUGGAGUGCCUGCUGAAUUAAGUAGCAAACAUGUAUUGUCAUUUCCCCAGACCAGUUCAUUGAUAUUUUUGAUCUAUUUGUAUUAAAGAAGACAUAUUUUCGUACUGGAAUUCAAUAUGUCAGGAUAUCGUACUAUUUUAUCGUACCGAUAUAAUAGGAGGCAAAAUUAUUGUAUAUAUGGCCAAUUGUAUAGAGCCGUUUCCAAAUUUCUGAGCACGUUCCUGAUAUUAUCGCAUUAAAUAAUAGCGUCUCCUUAUAAUUUUGUACAUUUUGCUCUCCCAUUGUAUCGUCACGGUAAAAUUAUACGAUAUCAUGUCUUACAGCAAAUUAUUUUUAUUAUUAUUCUAUCAGCCGUUAACUGUCCACUGCUGAACAUAGGUUUUUUCUUAGGAAGUUUUGCCAGUAGUUGUCUUCCUUGAUAGGCGGGUUAAUGGAUAAAAAAUGGAUUGGUAACCCCGCCGCUAUCGGUAUACACCGGCGGGACACCAGUGGAAGAUGAUAGGUGAGAAUGAAUGCAGGUCAGUUGGUCCACCAUGUUGAAUUCGACAAGAAUUAACCAUAAUAGUUUCCAGGGAAACCGCAUCAAGGUCGAACUGACCCCGUAUUGCUAGCAAUAGGGUUAUUAUACUUCAUUAGUAACAAUUCCUUUCUACCAUGAUGGGAGAUUUAGCAAUCAUAGCUUUGGUGAUAUUUUAAGAGGGACACUACUGUCUAUCCCUCAACCAUUUAUCUCUUUUAUUCGCUUCCGGGAAUGGAAAGAGUAUUCUUCUAUGCCGAGACGAUACGGCAAAUUAUAAAAGCAUCAAAUAAAAUCAAUUGCCAUAUUAUCUAGGGCCUCAGAUUUGAUUACUAUUUCAGAUGCCAAUAACUAACUUAAACCCGAUUUUCGUGCCAUGUUACUUGCGGAAUACAAAUAACAAUUUUAUAAACAACAGCGUAAACUUCAAUGUCCAGGUUUUGUUCGAGUUACUUGCCGUUAACUCUAUCUAUAACCUUUUUUUUUUGGCUUCAGUGAAAAUAUUUAUAUUUAUAUUCGAUAUUGUUCAUAGUAACCUGCAAAAACUAGAAAUAUUGUUGUAUGUAUAUUUAACUGUAAAAUAAUUUUAUACGAUAAAUCUAUUCUAAUCAAGACCAAUGUGUAUUUCGUUUCUGUUCUAGAAAUAUUGCAUAAUUUUGAAGUAUAGUUGCUUGACAGAACUUCGUUAUUUUAAAUAUAUAUUUUAUAACAAGGAUGGUAAUUGAAUAUACUGCAAAUUCGAUAAUAAGUGAAUACUAAAUACUUAGAUUAUAUACAUAGAGUAUCUCCAUACAAAUGCUUCGAGAAAAACGGGUCAACUUUUUCAUACAAUUUUGCGUGAUAAACCGUUAUGAGUGAUUCCUUUAUAACUUCUAUAUUUAUUAUGUCUUAUAAUUUCUGCAUCUUUUUGAUGCAUAAAUAUUCAUUUUAUUUAUAAAAUAAUACGGUAAGAUACAUUUUAUGUGUAAGUAUAUAGAAUAAUGAUAAAAAAAACGACUCAGCUAAUUUCAUAAUUAGCUGACAGAAAGUUAACCCAUUUUUGAGACUCGAUAUUCUAUUUAUGUAAUCUAAUACUAAAAUAUAUGAAUGCUUGCAACACCAAAGGCAUUACUCGUGUGUUACCAGUCCUUAAGUUAUGAAGGUCCUUAUUUACCUAGUUUCUAGUAAUAUAUUUAAUUAGUGUAACAUUUAAUUUUUUAAGUAAUAAUUUCCUACUUUGUACCUUUUUUAUUUUGAAAUGUAAAAAUUGUUAUAGAAAUAAAUUGUUAUAUACCAGCGUCAUAUACUUUAAGCUUCACAACAACGUAUCUUGCUUUCGAACAACGAUUGUCUUGGGUCACUUGAAUUUGUUAAAUGUAUAUAAAGUAGAUAUAAAAUCAACUAUCCUAGUUUAUAACAAUGUUAAGUGAUAACGCUGUAAAUAAUUUUGCACGAAGCUAGUCAUAUCAAGUUACACCAGUACACUUGGACACACGAUUGUGUGUGAUAAAAAUAAUUGAGAUUCGUCGUUAGUGAAAUGUAAACGUACCCCAUGUUCCGUGGUUUGUAUAAAAAAAAGUGUUAUUUACACGGAAUAAAUUCCGAUACCCCCGCCAGACGGUUGUACGUGAAAAAAAUUAAUUCGAUACAGCGAUAAAUUAUUCAAAAGCCUUUUAAGAGAUUUCGUGGAAAUUUUUUUCAUCAAUUACAAGUCGUAUUCCAUUUUUUUUGUUGUUGUUGUUAUUGUUUAUGUACAAAUGGAAGCUGUUGUUAUUGUUUAUGUAUAGAAUACCGCACGAAGGCCUGAACACAAUUAAAAACAACAAAAAAAUAAAACUUUGUAAAUGUAAAACCUACAAUGUAUCA